AUGAAGCAGAUUAUGAACGCUCGUAUGCCCGAAGGAGCUCCAAUUCGCAAACACCUUUUAAAAAUGAUUUCUUAUUUCAAUGAACUGGAGGUUUUUGGGGCAGACAUAAAUGGUGAGACGCAGGUUGAUAUAAUUCUGCAAUCAUUGCCAGAGUCAUUGAAUCAGUUGAAACUAAAUUAUUCUAUGAAUAGUAUAGCUUAUUCUUUAUCAGAACUGAUGAAUGCUCUGCAAGUUGCAGAAGGUAUUUUUAAGGGUCAAGGGAGUGUUCAUACAGUGGAAAAGGGUUCUUCUUCUCAUGGAAAGCCGAAAGGGGUUCUAGGAAACCAGAAGACUGAGUGA